CGCCCAGCCCUGAGCGCAGUGGGUGGAAGGAAGGGAGCGAGAGGCGGAGAGGAAACGAGCCUCAGGCUGUUUACACAUCGUGGCAUCCGCCGAAGCCGCUCCUCCCAGUCCCACCGAGCUGAAGGCGGCCGCGGAUGCGACUUGAUGCGUUCGCCUGGACUUUGAUGCCGAUCCAGAAAUGCUCGGCUGCGGGCACAACAAUUUCUGCCUAGCCUGCAUUUCUAACUGCCUGGGAGAACAAGCCACAAACACCGCCACCUGCUGUCCUCAGUUGAGAGAGAGCGACCAUCCCGCUGCCCCGGUUUUCCUCUUGGUGCCCAGCUACACCGUAGCCAGCGCUCUGUCCUUUUCAGCGCUUGGAGGAAGAGCGACGCGCUGCUUCUGCUUUCAGCCAAGCCCCGCCUGGGCGGGAGGGGCCGGGUGGAAAGCGAAACUCAGCGGCAGCCUGUUGCGUCGCGGAGUUUGAGCGAUGGCUGCUGCUGCUCCUCUUAACCUCGGAGAGAAACUCCAGGAUGAAGCCACUUGCCCCGUCUGCCUGGACUUCUUUACUGAUCCCGUGACUCUGGACUGCGGGCACAAUUUCUGCCGAGCCUGCAUUGCUCAGUGCUGGGGGGAGCCGCCCGCAGUCACCGCCUGUCCUCAAUGCCGAGAGAGCUUUCAGCCGAGGGACGUGAAGCCAAACAGGCAGCUGGCCAACAUGGUUGCAAUAGCCCAAGAGCUGAGUUUGCAGUUGAAGCAGGAAGCCGGAGCGGGGAGAGUCUGCGAGAGGCACCAGGAGCCCCUGAAGCUCUUCUGCCAGGACGAUGAAGCCCCCCUCUGCGUGGUGUGCCACUUAUCCAAGGAGCACCGAGCUCACACUGUGGUUCCUGUCCAGGAGGCUGCCCAGGAGUACAAGGAUCAGUUCUGCAGCUCUUUGGAACUUUUGAGGAAGGGGAGAGAGAAGAUUUUGGCAUGUACAGCCAAUGCAGAAAAGGAAAGCCAAAACUUGCUUAAUCAAAUAGUAGCAGAGAGGCAAAAGACAGUGGCUGAAUUCAGACAACUCCACCAGUUUCUGGAAGAGCAAGAGACACUCCUGUUGACCCAGAUAGAAGAAAUGCACGAGGAGACUGCAAGGAGAAGGGAAGAACAUAUGGAAAAACUCUCCAAGGAGCUUUCUUCUCUUGAUAAAGUUAUACAGGAGAUGGAAGAGAAGUGUGAACAGUCAGCAAGUGAGCUUCUGCAGGAUGUGAGAAGCACCUUGCAGAGGUGUAAGGAGAAAGAGAGAUUUGAGAAUCCCAUGCCUUUUUCUCCCUCAGUGAAGCAGAAUAUCUUGGACUUGUGUAACACAAACACCUUUCUGAAGAAUGCCAUGAAGGAGUUCAAAGGCAAUCUACUAUCUGGAUUUCAGAUGCCGAAAGUCAAUCUACUAUCUGGAUUUCAGAUGCAGAAAGCUAAUGUCACUCUGGAUCCAGACACAGCUCAUCCCCGACUCAUCCUUUCAGAGGAUCGUAAAAGCUUAAGAUUGGGAGAGAAACGGCAAGAUCUGCCCAAGAAUCCUGAGAGAUUCAGCAUCUACUGUUUUGUGCUGGGGUGUGAGGGAUUCACAGCAGGGAGACACUGCUGGGAAAUCAGUGUGGGAUGUGAGGGUGUGUGGGCUUUGGGGGUUGCCAGGAAGUCUGUGAAGAGAAGGGACUUUUUCAGAUGGGAUCCUGAGGGAGGGAUCUGGGCUGUGAGGAAGUGUAGUGGUAGGUACCAGGCACUCGAUUGCCCUGCUGCCAUUCCUCUGCACCUGAGUGGGGAGCCUAAGAAGAUCCUAGUGACUCUAAAGUAUGCUUUGGGGCAGGUGGCCUUUUUUGAUGCGGACUCAGCAGCCCCCAUCUACACCUUCUCAGAAGCCUCCUUCUCAGGAGAGACCCUUCUCCCUUUCUUUUAUGUAGAUGGAAAAGGCUCCCUGACACUCUCCCCCUGAGGCAGCUGAAGAGUGGAGACGGAUGUAUAUUAAGCUACAGCAGUUGCCACAUUCCUACAACUUUUGCCAAAGAGAAGGGGGGGGGGAACCUUUUCUCCCAUUUGAGGAGCAGCUGGCUUUGAACAGUUGUGAUUGGUUCAUCCUUGCCUCUGUCAGAAAGCCAAUUGAUUCUGCAUCCUGCCCCAUCAGAACUAUUUCCAAAGUGAAGGGGAAAAGACAACAACAAAGCACUGAAGCAUCCCUUUUAUCCAUUAAUUGUUUCAGGAGUUUGGAGGUGGGAGGAGCAGGUAGUCUGCCUCCCCUCCCCCCUCCAUAUUUCAUUCCGCUUUCCCUGCAGAGCCAGAGGUGGGGCUGAAUGAAGGUAGCAGAGUUUGCCCUGCAGGAAAAUCCCCCUACGUCCACCCCUGUUUCUGUGUACCUCUUUCUCCAGUCUUGGCUAAGGCAGCCAGCUCUGCCCCACAGGCCCUACUGGGGUUACUCUCCAGACCAGCUUGAUUAAUAAAACACCAAAUGGCUAUUUGUCAAUGAAGCCUUUUGCAGCUCUGUAGUGACCACGACUGGCUUCCAACCUGUUGCCAGCAUUGCUUUUCUGCAGGCUCCCAGAAGCCUCUCUGCUUAUGCUUGAGACCAUGAGCUUGUGGUUCUCACUCUUGAUAUGCUCAGGAGCCUCACGGGAUCAUGAGCUCCCCGUUUGUUAGCAGCUACCAAAGCCAAAGCCCUGCACGUUCCCUAUGCUGGGAUGCCUAAGUAGACUCAAAAGUAGCCUACAAGAGAUAAACUCACAAGUUAGCUUUUCAUUCAGGGUUCCUCUGAACUCAGAGUUGAACCCCUUGUCUUUAUUUCCCCUCCAUAGAUGCCAAUUACAGACCAAUUAAUUCAGCAAGAAAACGUAGACAAGGCUUGUGAAAACGACUCCCUCCCAUCACAAAAGGGCUGGAGCUGUGAUAAGAAUUCUAGAGAGAUGCUCAUUAAGAUUACUGAUUGGUUUACUGAGCUAUUCCAUCCCAGCAGACAUCACCUUUGCACAUCUAUACGUGAAAAAGGGCGGUCUUGGAGGAAACUGAUUAUCUAGACCCAUUUCAAACUGGUUUUCAGGCAGGAUAUGGGGUGGAGACUACCUUGGUCAGCCUGAUGGAUGAUCUUCAAUUGGAAUUGUCAGAGGAGGUGUGACCCUGUUGGUCCUUUUGGAUCUCUUGGCGGCUUUCGAUACUAUCGACCAUAGUACCCUUCUGGAACGUCUGAGGGUGUUGUCGGUGGGAGGCACUGUUUUACAGUGGUUCCACCCCUACCUCUUGGAUAGAUUCCAGAUGGUGUUGAUUGGAGACCGUUGCUCUUCAAAAUCAGAGCUUAAGUAUGGUGUCCCUCAAGGCUCCGUACUUUCUCCAAUGCUUUUUAACAUCUACAUGAAACCGCUGGGAGAGAUCAUCAGGGGAUUUGGAGCUGGGUGUUACCAGUACGCUGAUGACACCCAGAUCUACUUCUCCAUGUCAACCUCUUCAGGAGCUGGCAUAUAUUCCCUAAAUGCCUGCUUGGAAGCAGUAAUGGGCUGGAUAAAGGAGAAUAAACUGAAGCUUAAUCCAGAUAAGAUGGAGGUACUUAUUGUGCAGGGUCUGCCUUUGAACGUAGUCCGGAAAUUUCAGUUGGUUAUGAAUGCGGCAGCCAGGUUGGUCUCUGGCAUUUCCGCCUUGUGGUUGUUUAUAACGAGGCGGUAUAUAAAUCUAACAAUAAAUAAAUAAAUAAAUUUCGGGGAGACCACAUUACUCCUUUGCUGAUGGAUAGGUUUCCAGACGAAAUACAAAGUGCUAGUAAUAACUUAUAAAGCCCUAAAUGGUUUAGGCCCUGGGUAUCUAAGAGAGCAUCUUCUUCACUAUGAACCCUACCGCCCAUUGAGGUCAUCUGAGGAGGUCCGUCUCCAGUUACCGCCAACUCAUUUGGUAGCUACACAGAGACUUGCCUUCUCGGUUACUGCCCCAAGAUUGUGGAAUGUGCUCCCUGCUGGGAUACGAUCCUCCCCAUCUCUGGUAAUUUUCAAAACACACCUGAAAACCCAUCUUUUCGCCCAAGCUUUCUCAGCUUCCUAAACAAAAAAUUUUGGGUUUUAAUUGCUGGUUUAUUUUUAAAUUGUUUUAAAGUUUUUUUGUAUAUGUUUUUAUUCUAUUGUUAAAUGCCCAGAGACGAAAGUUUGGGGCGGUGUACAAAUUUGAUACAUAAAUAAAAUAUACAGUCCAUUUACGUAACCGGUCACUUCUUGACUCAUCACACAUUAUGUAUUACUCAAACACUGCACCCCAAACAAUGGAUCCCUUUUGGGUUGCCUCAGGACAUGUCUUGGGGUUCCUUUGCCUUGGACAUUUGGUUCCUUUGCCUUGGAGUCACCUGUUACUUUGACGCUACAGCUGGCACCUGCCCUGCCAUUUGGCCAGGUCUUGCUCUGUGUGCCAUCCUGGCUUCCAGUUUCCAGAGCGGAUCCCUUGCCUGAUCCAUCUGCCCAGCCCUCCUCGCUGCCACCUGGAGCUGGCUUCACCAAAACAGACAUCUUUUGGAUCUAUCCUUGCCAUCUAAAGGUAAAGUGUGCCGUUGAGUUGGUGUCGACACCUGGCGACCACAGAGCCCUGUGGUGGUCUUGGGUAGAAUCCAGGAGAGGUUUACCAUUGCCAUCUCCCACACAGCCUGAGAUGAGGCCUUUCAGCAUCUUCCUAUUUCGCUGCUGCCCGAUAUAGGUGUUUCCCAUAGUCAGGGAAACAUACCAGUGGGGAUUCGAACCGGCAUCCUCUUGCUCGCUAGGCAAGUCAUUUACCUGUCGCUUCCCAUUCUGUCCCUGAGGAAUGAGUUCCUGUGGUUGUGCCAGAGCCACGAGGUUAUGCCCACCAGUAAAGAAAGGAACAAGGUUGUAUGAUAACUGCUGCUCCUCAAUCUGGGCUCCCUAACCCUGCUCCUUUUCUCUUAAAUCUAAAAGCCUGUUUCUCUGAGCCUUCUUUCUCUAGCCAGCCUGGAGUUCAUUUAAUUCGAACCUAAGCUAAAAUGUCUCUUUGCAAGUUGUUCAAUAAUGUAUUCUUAUAGUAAUAAUAUUGCUCUAAUUGACCACCUUUUCACUGUACCCCUCCCUACAAUAAAACCUUUUAUUUUUGAAACAUAA